AGUCCCUGUAAAUUUUGUGAGCCUUUUAUCGAACCCGGACUGCCGAGAUGGAUAUUGCUGCGGUCUGUAAGAACGGCGUCGAGAUAUACCGCUUUGACCUCCUCAACAAGUCGUUGAGGAAACUCAUAACACUACAGGGAUCCCACGUUACCAACGCGGAAGGCUUCCAUUGGAACGCAGAUGGCACGCUUUGUGCUUGUAUGAAUAACGAGAACGGUAUCACCGUCUAUGACGUGACCAAAGACUACAAGGAGAUCGUUAUGGUGGCCACGCCAAACUCCAAGAGCUUCAAGAACUUCUACUUUUCUCCUCUGUCCAAUUAUAUGGUCACAUUCGAGAGGUAUGAUGCUGAGCGUGAGCUACCCAAUCUAGCCUUGUGGAGUGUGGCUGGUCGGUGCAAGGCUGUGGAGAGCCGCAUGAAGAGGAUGAAUAAGCAUCUAUGGCCAGCAAUGAAGUGGACUGAUGAUGAAGCCUACUGCGUGCGGAUAUUACCCGACGCUGAUAUCUUACAAGUGUUGAACUCGAGAAAGGCAUCUACCAAUGAGCAGAAGAUCCCGGGUAUCCAACAGAUUGAGCUCUCCCCUUCGGGUCCUGAGGUAGAAGGCGAGCCAAAGGUGGCGUGUGUGGUCUCUAGAGGGACGGAAAGGCGCCCAGCGGUUCAUGUGUCGGUGCUGAGUGAGCCUCAGAAAUUCGUCUUGUCAUACAGCUUCCCAGAGGGUGAUGAUAUAAGCCUCUAUUGGAACGCCUCAGGCAGCAAGCUCCUUGGCCUCCUCAGUUUGGACGUAGACGAAUCUGGGAAGAGCACCUACUAUGGCACUAACAUGCUUUACCUCUUUGAUUUGGUAUCUAAUGUAGUGUCGAGGGUCGCUUGCAACUCCCCUAUACAUGAUAUCGGAUGGUGUCCAGGGAAUGCUCGGAAGGAUAGAAUCGGGAGUUCAUGUGGUGACGAUCCCGAGGAAGAGCUCAUCCUCAUUUCGGGCCGGAUCCCACCUGAGACGACUCUUUUCAGCACUAGCAGUAUCAAGAGCAAUGCUUCUGAGGCGUCGUCGAGUGGUACAGAGGAUGGGUCGGCUAGUAUACGGAAGCUCAAUGUUGUACAUAGCAUGGGUAAAGCGAAGCGGAACACAGUGUGUUGGAAUCGAUAUGGCCGGUACGCUGUAGUAGGCGGCUUCGGUAACAUGGCAGGGGAGAUGGACUUCUGGGAUAUGGCUGAAUACAAGGUUGUAGGCAGCCUUCGAGCGGAGUGCCCAGUGAUCAGCGUGUGGGCACCUGAUGGGCGUCAUUUCUCUACUGCCACGACUUGGCCGCGUAUGCGUGUCGAUAACAAAAUCGACAUCUACUCCUAUACGGGCCGUUUGAUCUGCCGUCAUGAGUUUGAUGAGCUUUACAGUGCCUCUUGGAAACCCUCUACAGCCUUCCAUGAUGUACCGAGUUCGCCUCGAGCAUUAGCAACUGCAUUGGACGGCCCGCCAGCUCCUGUUGCUUCGAAGGCUUAUCGUGCUCCGGGAAAGUCUCCUCAGCCUGAUUCCCACGAUGGUAGCGAGACCAAUGGUGGCCGCUAUAGCACGAAUGAGGAGGUCUCCACUGAGGAAGAACGUCGUCGAGGAUUGUUUAGUGCACUUCUGAGAGGCGAGGUUGAUCUCGAGGAUCUGUCGCCUGAAGAACGUGCUGCCUAUGGUGAUAGACCAGAGAGGAAGAGUAAACACCCUAGCGUUAAAGGUGAUGCUCGUCGUGAGUCUUCCCCUGAGGCGAAGAGCAGCGAGGCUCAGUCCUCCGAUCAUGAUACUAGAAGGCGGUCACCAGUGGCUGCCGCAGCUCCUCCUGUCCCUCCUCCUGCUCCAAUGGUCGCUACUCCUCCGUCCACACCCUCACCGCAACGUCCAAAACUGGCUCCAGCUCCGGAACGAGGCUGGUAUUAUAAGGACCUGUCGGAUACCGUUCAAGGGCCAUUCUCUCGAGAGGCUAUGCGAAGAUGGUUCGAACAGGGGUACUUGAAGCCGGAUCUGCUGCUGCGCAUUGGCAAGAGCCCUAGUUUCCGCUUCCACCCACUGAGGGAGCUUUUCCCUGCACCUGCCGAGUCGCCGAACCCUCGAGCGAGUGCACCUUUCCUGGACCUGAUGGUAGCCCCUUCUGAUUGGGUUACACAGAUGGUGCAGAUGAUCGCACAGAAGCAUGAGCAGCAACAGCAACAGCGGCAACAGCAGGAAAAAAGAGAAUGAGCUGACUGUUCAUCAUGACUGCUAUUAGCAUUAUCACCGUCGCCACUCUCAAUAGCUUUGAGAAGA